GGAGUUAAAGGGCCACCGGGUUCAGGCAUCUUGGCAGGCACUGCUGGUGUAAGGUUUGCAAUAAUGGAAAUCACCAGGAGCAAUUUUAAAGACCAGUUGCCAAAAGUUUAUCAAGCGAUUGAAGAGGCAGACUUCUUGGCUAUUGAUGGAGAAUUUUCAGGAAUCAGUGAUGGUCCAUCUGUUAGCACUUUAACAAAUGGUUUAGACACACCAGAAGAAAGAUAUCAAAAGUUGAAAAAGCAUUCAAUGGACUUUUUACUCUUUCAGUUUGGCCUAUGCACGUUUAGCUACGAUAACACAGAAGCCAAAUAUUUGAUGAAAUCGUUUAAUUUUUAUAUUUUUCCCAAGCCAUUUAACAGAAAUUCCCCAGAUAAGAAGUUUGUUUGUCAGAGCUCAAGUAUAGACUUUCUGGCUAACCAAGGUUUUGAUUUUAAUAAAGUUUUUCGUAAUGGAAUUUCAUAUUUAAAUCAAGAGGAGGAAAGACAGCUACGAGAGCAGUAUGAAGAGAAGCGAUCCCAGUCGAAUGGCGCAGGUUCACUAUCCUAUAUCUCUCCAAAUGCUCCAAAGACACCCAUUAACAUCCCAGAGGAGCAGAAGGAUUUUAUUGACAAAAAUGUUGAACGUGUGGACGAUUUUUUAAAAGAUGAAGAAAGAAAAAGCUUAGAUUUAGAGCCUUGCACUGGAUAUCAGCGGAAGCUUAUCUACCAGACACUAAACUGGAAAUAUCCAAGAGGUAUCCAUGUUGAGACUCUGGAAACCGAUAAGAAGGAGCGGUACAUUGUGAUCCGUAAAGUUGAUGACGAAGAACGUAAGAAAAUGGAGCAGGACAAACAAGCAAAAGAACAGGAAGAGCUUAAUGAUGCAGUUGGAUUUUCACGUAUUAUACAUGCAAUCUCUACCUCAGGUAAACUUGUGGUUGGGCACAACAUGCUGUUGGAUAUCAUGCACACUAUACACCAGUUUUUCUGCCUGUUGCCUGAUGAAUUGAAUGAGUUUAAGGAAGUAACCACUUGUGUCUUUCCGAGGGUAUUGGAUACGAAACUUAUGGCCACUACAAAUCCAUUUAAGGAAAUUAUUUAUAACACAUCCCUUGCUGAACUGGAAAAAAGAUUAAAAGAGGCUCCUUUCAAACCCCCUAAAGUUGACAGCGCUGAAGGAUUUCCAAGCUAUAACACGGAUUCCGAACAGCUGCAUGAAGCCGGCUAUGAUGCCUACAUUACUGGACUUUGCUUUAUUUCCAUGGCAAACUAUCUAGGUUCGUUUCUUAGCCCUCCAAAAAACUUCAUUUCGGCUCGGUCAAAGAUCAUCCGUCCUUUUUUCAACAAGCUGUUCUUGAUGAGGAUCAUGGAUAUCCCCUAUCUCAAUCUAGAGGGACCAGACUUGCAGCCAAAACGAGACCAUGUUCUUCAUGUUACGUUUCCUAAAGAAUGGAAGACCAGUGACCUCUACCAGCUGUUCAGUGCCUUUGGUAACAUUCAGGUAUCCUGGAUAGAUGAUAUAUCAGCAUUUGUGUCACUGAGCCAAUCAGAGCAAGUUCAAAUAGCGGUCAACACCAGCAGGUACGCAGAAAGUUACCGGAUCUUGACAUACGCAGAAUAUAUUGCAAAAAAGAAUGAAGAGAACAGAGCCAAAAGAAAAUGGGCAGAAGAUGGAUGGAAAGAUUUGGAGAGGAAGAGGUUAAAAACACAGUACACGUCAUAUAUUCCACAAAAUCCCAGGGAUUUUUACGCUAACAGCUUUGUUGGACCAAGUUUAGCUGUGAAAAGAAGCAUGAGUCCUAUCCAAGAAGAAACGGUCUCCGAAGAUAAUGAAGAUGUUGCAGCGAAAGAAGCAGAAGGUGAAUCUGCUGACCCCCCGGGAGUUUCAGAGAAGAGGAAGAAGACAAAGAGUCACAAGCGACAGAAAACAGAUUCUUCUCCAGCAGAAUGCAGCAACAGCAGUUCAUCUGGUAUCUUUGAAGUCCCAGACACUUGGUAGCAGGGACUUGCCUCAUCAAUGUGAAUACAACAUUUGGAAGCCAUACUUUUUUGUAGAUUUUGAUUUGUUUUUGUUUGUUUUGUUUUUAAUUUCUCUUUGUAUCAACAUUUUGGCUGUAAUAUUGUAGUCUUUCAAACUUCGCCUCUGUGUAAAUCUUUUCAUUCCUGGAGCACCAAGAAAAGCACAAAUGAAUGGCCAGUGUGAUGUUUCUGCUUGUGAAUUAUUUAACACACGAAUAUAAAACCAUUAUUUUGUUGGACACCUAUUUAACCACAUAAAGUGAGCGGCAUAAAAAUAAAUGUUUAAACGCCAGGAGACGUAUAUCUACUUUAAAUUUUUGUUUCCUUUAAGAAAAUCUUUUGAUCGUUUAUUUGUUACUAUAUUGUGAAACCACUCACUUGCUCAUUCCAAGUAAAGAAUAUUAAAUAUUUGGAAGUAUUUUUUUCUUGGUUGCAUAUGUCAGAUUAUCUGUUUUCUGGCUAAAUAUAUAUUGUAAGGGAACUUGUUUUGUCUGCUAAAAUACUGUACCCUUCAUCUUCGUUCGUCUACAUA